AUGGGCUCCCACAUUACACCUAAUGUAGACGCCAUACUCAACCAGUUGACGCUAGAAGAAAAAGUCUCGCUGCUAGCUGGGAAGAACUUUUGGGAAACAGUUGACAUCCCUGAAAAGGGAGUCCCUUCAGUAAAGGUAUCUGAUGGGCCCAACGGAGCCCGAGGUGCGACUUUCAAAAACGGCCCAACGGCAGCAUGCUUCCCUGCCUCUUGUCUGCUAGCAUCAACAUGGGACGUGGAAGCCGCAAGACGCAUUGGAAAUGCCUUGGCCGAGGAGACCCAGUCUAAAGGUGCUCGCGCACUCUUGGCUCCAACAGUCUGCCCCCACCGCCAUCCUCUCGGUGGUCGCAAUUUCGAGUCUUUUUCCGAAGACCCUUUGCUGGCCGGUAAGAUGGCCGCACAGUAUAUACACGGUCUGCAAGAAAAGGGUGUUGCUGCAACGAUCAAGCAUUUUGCUGCAAACGAGCAGGAAACUUGUCGGUUCACAGUCAACGCUCACAUUGCCGAGCGAGCUCUUCGUGAGAUUUAUCUCAAGCCAUUCGAAAUUGCCAUCAAAGAAGCAAAUCCUAUGGCCGUCAUGACUUCGUACAAUAUUCUCAAUGGUCAUCAUGCUGAUUCAAGCUCUUUCCUAUUGAAAGACGUUCUUCGUGGCCAAUGGGGGUGGAAUGGUCUUGUCAUGAGUGACUGGGGCGGUACAAACUCGACUGCCGACUCCCUAGAGGCUGGACUUGAUCUUGAAAUGCCAGGUCCCACAAAAUGGCGGAAAGCCGAGACCGUUCUUGAAGAGAUCAAAGCCGGAAGAGUCUCGGAAAGAACAAUUGAUGCUUGUGCUCGCAAUGUGCUUGAGUUCAUGGCUAAACUCGGCUGCUUUGAGGAUCCAUCUAUUUCUGAAGAAAAGUCUAUCAACAAGCCAGAGCACCAGCAACUUAUCCGCUCGGUCGGUAGUCAAGGUCUGGUUCUUCUCAAGAACGAGGAUAAUACUCUCCCUCUAAAGAAGGAGCAGCUUGCCAACAAGAAGGUUGCUCUACUGGGCUUUGCCAAAGAAGGCUUGAUCCAUGGUGGAGGCAGUGCGUCUGUCAAUGCUCACUAUCGUGUAACUGCUGAAGAGGGUCUCCGUUCUGCCCUUGGUGAUGCGAUUGAAUUUGACUAUGCACAAGGCGCCCAUACCUUCCGACAAUUGCCAUUGAUGAACAACAUGGUCGUGGACCGCGAUGGUCAACCCGGGUGGACCUUGGACCUCUUCUUCAAUGAAGAUGCUACCGGGGAGCCUUCUGCUUCUCGGCACUCUGAUGUGGCCGCUUAUGUGCCCAUUUUCGUCAAAGAGGCCUGGGGUAGUCUGAGGGCAACUGCUCAGUUUACACCCUCGCAAAGUGGCCGCCAUUACCUUGGCAUGUCAGGCUUGGGACGCUCAAAGGUUCUCAUCGAUGGCCAAAUGGCAUAUGAACAGAAAGAGAACUGCCCUGACUCAAUGGCUUUCCUACUGGGAGGUGUCAAAGAGCCCGAGGUCCAAUGGGACUUUGAAGGGGGUAAGACUUAUACCGUGGAAGUGACUACUCUCAAGCCCUCCAAAAGCGGCGGACUUUCUCUUAUUGAUGGGUACAUUGGGUUCCGCGCUGGCUUUAUGACCGAGGAAGAGCACAACAGAGAUCUGGUCUCCGAAGCCGUGGAAGUCGCAAAGCGCUCCGAUCUCGCUAUUGUCUUCACUGGACACACCCCAGACUGGGAAACUGAAGGACAAGACCAAAUCAGCUUUAGUCUUCCGAGCAAUGGCUCGCAGGACCGUCUUGUGACUGCCGUCAGUUCCGUAAACACCAACACCAUUGUCGUCAACUGCACUGGUGUGGCUAUUGACAUGCCUUGGCUUGACAAAGUCAAGGCAGUCGUUCAAGCCUGGUUCCCUGGACAGGAAGCCGGGAAUGCCAUUGCAGACGUCUUGACUGGAGCUGUCAAUCCCUCUGGUCGUCUGCCAGUCUCAUUCCCUCGUAGAAUUGAAGAUGCUCCCGCCCAUGGCAACUUCCCCGGUGAAUACAUUGACGGGCAGCUUAAUGUCACAUACGAAGAAGGCAUCUUUGUGGGAUACAGACACUAUGACCGGUCGGAAAAGCACCGUUCUCAGGUUCUCUUCCCAUUUGGCUAUGGUCUUUCCUAUACUACUUUUGCCCAUGCCAACCCAAGAGUCUCAAUCUCUGAGAAUGCUGAGAAAUUUGACGUCACCAUUGAGGUGACUAACACCGGCUCGUUGGCUGGAGCUGACGUCGUUCAGGUCUAUGCCGGAGCCAAGCAGGCUUCCAGUGAGAACCCGGUCAAGGAACUGGUGGGUUUCGCCAAGGUUCAGCUUGAGCCGAAGCAAAGCAAGACGGUUUCUGUUGAGUUUGACACUCGUCAGCUUGCACACUUUAGCGAGGGUACUAGCAGAUGGGAGAUUGAUGGUGGCGAGUAUGAAAUAUCUAUUGGACGGUCUGUACAGGAUAUUGUUGGCAAGUUAACAUUGUCUGUUGGAGCUCAAUCUUAUAAGUUAUGA